CUAUUCUUCUCCCGAAGUGAAAGUAAACGAUCACAGAUGAAUUCUCAGCAUUUGGAAGUGGGUGAAAAUCCAAGUGGCGUUGUGUGGAUUACUUCUCGAGUUACGAUGCAUCCGAACUUUGAUUCGAAUAUAGAUUCACUCUCCGAGGAGUAAGAGUAUUAUCUGUGUUAUUGCGGAGUUCAGGAACUCUUCCUUCACCCGGAUCCCCAUCACCCGUGGAAGUUGCGAUUUAGAUGAAAUAGACAACAACGUGCAUUCUAACUGGAUUUACACCAGCUGCUCUUGAAUGAUGCCUGCGUGUCUGACGGGGAUUUACUGUCUACUGGCAUUUCUACACAUUUGUUCAGGGUCUCGUCUUCGCCAGGAAGACUUCCCUCCCCGCAUUGUGGAGCACCCAUCUGACCUCAUUGUGUCCAAAGGGGAACCAGCCACUCUCAACUGUAAAGCCGAGGGCCGCCCGACCCCCACGGUGGAAUGGUACAAAGACGGCGAGCGCGUUGAGACGGACCGCGACAACCCCCGCUCCCACCGUAUGCUGCUGCCCAGCGGCUCCCUCUUCUUCCUGCGUAUCAUCCACGGGCGACGGAGCAAGCCCGACGACGGCAGCUACGUGUGCGUGGCCCGAAACUAUCUGGGCCAGGCCAUCAGUCACAACGCGUCCCUGGAAGUAGCCAUUUUGCGCGAUGACUUCAGACAGAACCCGGUGGACGUCAUGGUGGCAGUGGGUGAGCCGGCCGUGCUGGAGUGCCAACCCCCCCGAGGGCACCCUGAACCCACCAUCUCCUGGAGGAGAGAUGGUUCCAACUUAGAUGACAGAGAUGAACGCAUCACAAUCCGAAGUGGCAAGCUGAUGAUCACCAACACCAGGAAGAGUGAUGCGGGGAAGUACAUCUGCGUUGGAACCAACAUGGUGGGAGAGAGGGAGAGUGAGAUCGCUGAACUCACUGUGCUAGAGCGCCCAACCUUUGUGAAACGGCCCAGCAGUGUGGUGGCGUUGGCGGAGGAGAGCGUGGAGUUCCACUGUGUGGUACAAGGAGACCCUGUUCCCACUGUCCGCUGGAGGAAAGACGACUCUGACCUGCCUAAGGGCCGAUCUGAAAUCCAAGAGGACCAUACCUUGAUUGUUCGCCAAGUGACCUAUUCUGACGUGGGCUCGUACACAUGUGUGGUGGAGAACAUGGUUGGAAAGUCUGAAUCAUCCGCCACGCUCACUGUCCACGUCAACACCGUGCCCCCAGCGUUUGCCAUCCACCCCAGGAACCAGGUGGUGGGGGUGGGCAGGACGGUCACCUUCCACUGCGAGGCCACUGGCAACCCACAGCCCGCUAUCUUCUGGCAGAGGGAGGGCAGUGAGAGUCUGCUCUUCUCCAACCAUCCGCCGCAGCCCUAUAGCCGUCUGUCUGUGUCCCAGAUGGGCAGUUUGACCAUCACCGAUGUUCAGCGCUCUGAUGGAGGCUUCUACAGCUGCCAGGCUCUCAACAUCGCCGGGAGUGUCAUAAUCAAAGCACUGCUGGAGGUCACAGACUCUGGGUCAGACCACCCUCCUCCAGUGAUUAGACAGGGCCCAGUCAAUCAGACCAUUGCGGUGGACAGCACAGUGCUCCUGGGCUGCCAGACAGCUGACUCUCCACCCCCGACAGUCCACUGGAAGAAGGAUGGUUUGGUGAUGUCGCCUUCAGACUCCCGCAUGUCCAUUACCGACUCAGGAUCUCUGGAGAUUCGUUACUCUAAGCUUGGAGAUACAGGCUUCUACACUUGUGUAGCUUCUAGUCCCAACGGAGAGGCCUCCUGGACAGCGUACCUACAGGUGGAGGAGUUUGGAGUUGUUGUUCAGUCCAGUGAGCCGUUUGACCCCAGCCUAAUUCCCAGUGCUCCAUCCAAACCUGAGGUGACUGACAUCAGCCGCACUUCUGUGACUCUGUCGUGGAAAUCGGACACCAAUAAUGGCGCGAAACCUACAUCUUACCUCAUCGAGGCAUUCAGUUAUACGUCGGGCAGCAGAUGGGUGACCCUAGCUGAGCAUAUAAAUACCCAGACCUUUGUGCUGAGGAACCUGAAGCCUGCGACUGUCUACCUCUUCAUGGUCAGAGCGGUGAAUGCUUACGGCCUCAGCGACCCCAGCCCAAUCUCCGACUCCAUCAGAACACAGGACAGCACAUCCACCAUGCAGGGAGUGGAUCACCGUCACAUCCAGAGGGAGCUGGGUGACGUGGUAAUCCACCUGCACACACCAACCGUCCUCUCCUCUUCUGCUGUCAGGGUGCAGUGGUCGGUCGAGCAGCAGUCCCCGUACAUCCAGGGCUACAAGGUGCUGUACAGGGCGUCCGCUGAGCACGGGCAGCCGGAGGGGCAGUGGAGCGUUCUGGAGGUCCACGCCCCCCGGGAGGAGGGGGUGGUGCUCGGUCAGCUGAAGAGAGGGUCCAUCUACGAGUUCAAAGUGCGGCCCUUCUUCGAUGAGUUCCAGGGAGCCGACAGUGAGGUGAAAGUGGUCCGGACGCUGGAAGAAGCCCCGAGAAGAGCACCCCAGGGUGUUACAGUGACAAAGAGUGAUGCCAAUGGGAGCGCCAUCCUCGUUGCUUGGAAACCACCUCGAGAGCGAGAUGAUGCUGGAAUCAUUCAGGAAUACAAGAUCUGGUGUCUGGGUAAUGAGAGUCGCUAUCAUGUGAACCAGUCUGUGGACGGCUCCACCUUCUCCGUGCUGAUCUCCACUCUCACGCCGGGAAUCCGCUACAGCGUAGAAGUAGCAGCAAGCAACGGUGCUGGAGCUGGGGUCAAGAGUGAUGUCACCUUUUUUCAAUUAGACUCUGCAGGCCAGAUGAUGGACAGCGAGGAGAGGGACACGUUGUCUCAGAUCUCAGACGUGGUGAGGCAGCCGGCCUUUAUCGCAGGCAUUGGCGCCACCUGCUGGCUGGUGCUGAUGAUCUUCAGUGUGUGGCUCUACCGGCACCGCAAGAAGAGAAGUGGCCUCAGCAGCACAUACACCGGCAUCCGCAAGGUGCCAUCAUUUACCUUUACACCUACAGUGGCAUAUCAAAGAGGAGAAUCAGCGUGCGGUGCGGGCAGACCUGGCCUUCUCAGCAUGGGGGAACCUCUCAACCAGCUGUGGCUGCCUGACAAUUGGCCAAAUGCAUGUGCCAAUCACAAGGACUGUAGCAUCAACUGCUGCAAUAAUGGCAACGGCACCAGUGACAGCAACAUGACAACAUACAGCCGCCCAGCUGACUGCAUAGCUAACUAUGGAAGCCAUCCUGAAAACAAACAGCUGGGUCCUGAGACGGCCAUUUACAGCGACGUGAACCUCUCCAACAAGCUCAACGAAAUCAAGACGUUCAACAACUCCAGCCUGUGCUACGCCAGCCCGGGAGGAGACCCAGCGGCCACGUACGAGCCCAUCCCCUACGCCACCACGCAGCUCAUCCAGGCCAGCAUCAAGAGUAAAGCAGCUGCCGGGGGGGCUUUAGCUGAACCUAUGGACAUGCACUGCUGGAAACAGCCCCCCAACCCUCCUCCAAUACCAAAGGAGAUGAUGGCACAGAUGCAGUACAACAUUAUAGAGCAAAACCUGCUUAAUAAAGAUCAUCUGCAAGGAAGUGAAGGAAUGAUCCAUCCUAAGACUAUCCCCUACAACCAGAGCCGUGAUCACAGCACAGGCGGCUCGCACCAAAGCUCCGACAGAGGCAGCAACAGCACCGCGGGGAGUCAGAAUCAAAAGAAAGGAACGCGGGCCCCAAAAAUCCAGAAACAUAAUGCAGUGAGCUGGGGAGAAGCCCCGCCUCCUCCACAUGCUAAUGCCUGGGACUGCGACGAGUACAGCCUACCCAUGGAGAGGAGUUUUGAUCCAGACGGGAGAAUUGAAGGCUGCCCUACUCCACCAGUUAGAGGGGCGGCCUCGUCUCCCCCCGUCGUGUCUUACAGUCACCCCCCCAACACACAGGGAGACCUGAGCAACGGCCUGCACAAUGGAGCCCAGCACCUUAGCCAACACCUCAGCAGCCACGCUCGGCCUCUGUCCCCGUCACACACCUACAGCUCCAUCCCCUUCUGCAUGGACACCGAUGGGCAGGAGGAGGAAGAAAGUGAAGAGGAGGCAGAUGAGGAGACAGACGCAGAGCCCGCUGAAAGUCACUACAGCCAACACCACAACCAGCAGAAGCACAAACACCAGCUGCACCCCCCCUCUCCACACAAGCUGCUCCUCCACGGGCUGGAGCAGACCCCCGCCUCCAGCACCGGGGAUCUGGACAGGUCGGUCACAGGGUCCAUGGUAAACAGCUGGGGCUCAGCAUCCGAAGACAACAUCUCAUCUGGCAGGUCCAGUGUUGUCAGCACCUCGGAGGGGUCCUUCUUCACAGACGGAGAUUUCAACCAGGCGGCGUUGUCUUUGCGGGAAAACGUCGGCCUGCGCAUGGGCCGAUAUCCAGAGGAGUCAGGCCGGCGCCCCCAGCGGCCCAGCAGCCCCAUGUCCACAGACAGCAACAUGAGUCCUGCAAUAACACAUAAAAGACCCAGAAGACAUAAACAGAACCAGUCUGGUCACCAGGACUACCAACCCAAAGAUGUCUUCAAUGAUGACUCCUGCACGCCUCUGAGUUUUUCCAGCCAGAUGUCCCACGGCGACUAUAUAGCGAGGGGCGCCACGCUGCCCCGGGUGGGCUCUGGGGAUGCCCGGGGGCGGAGGGGCAGCACUGGGACUCACAGGGUCAGGGAGGCUGCAGAGGGCCAGGAGAAGCACAAGACUCCACCCGGAGGAAAAGGAAGCAGCAAGAGCCGACAGCACUCAGAAUUAGGGGAUGUCCUACUGUACAGUCGUCCUGCUUUCCCCUCAGGUCAUGCUCAGAGGGAGCCUGAUGAUACUCAUCCAUCCAGCUUUAUGUCAUGUGGAGACUCAAGGACCAAACAGGGAGGACAGGUGGAGGAGUUCCUCAAAAGCUAAGAAGCAAACCGAGCACAAAAAAGAAAACCUACCGUUGCUUCAGACGAAGGACUUUGACCAUUAAAGGAUGGAAAAAAGACUUUAGAAAUACUGCACAAUACAUGCUAUUGUUUUAUACUUCGAAUUUCUCAUUUGGUGUUGAAAAAAAAAGAAAAAAGUGCCCUCAUGUUUGAGCCUGUGGACUUCAAUUAGUUUGCUUUUCGGGUGCCGGCCUGCAGGAGUCCACUGCUGGUUUCCCCUCAGUAAAGCAACAUGAAUGCACAUUUAAUGGCGACCGUGAGUGUCUACACAAACAUCGUCCGUGGCGUCUGCUCGAUGCGGCGCCGUACCUGAUCUUUGCUUGUCAGUUGUCUUGUUCUUUUUUCCUGUAAUUGAUAUCCAGUUCAUUACCAGCCAUCUUGUAAAUUCCUGAAAUUGUUUACUGCCACAGAAGUGCUUCGAAUUCAAAUUUUAUAUAACAGUGUUAAUGUUUUAUAAGUGAUGUACAUCUUGUCUUUGUAUUAUUUGUCCUACUUUGGUUAUAAAAGCACAAUCACUUAGUUUUUAUUCUAAGUCUUUAUUAUUAUGAAUUCCAGUCUGGAGGAAAAACAGGCUUUGUCAAUCAUUUCGUUCAGGCUGAGAAAACGAUUGUUGAUUGUGAUUGUGCAUUCAGUUGCGUACAUGUAAGCUGCUUUCAUACAGAUGUGUUGUGUGUACUGAGAGAAUUGCAUGCAGAUUCACCCGUAAGAGCUUUUACUUAACAUCUUGACUGCUUAAUCGUCCUUUUGGGAUGAUGAAAAAAAAAACUUGUUUAGGGACUGGUUCCAUUUUUUGUUUUCUCCACUGAAGCCCAUGUCAUUCAGCCCUGUGUUCCCCUGACCUUUGCCAUAGCUCUUUGGAGCAGGGCUGGACAAUAGGUGUCAUUUAUCUAAGUACUGAUCAAUGAGACACAUUUUCAAUAAUUAUAUAAAUUAUAAAAAACUACAAAUAUCAGAAAGUCAGUGUAAGAAAGUGAAUAUAAUCAGAAAAUGUUGUGUUAAAAACAUAUAUUGAUAUUGUAUUAUUUAUAGAUCUAAUGUUAAAUUUGCAUUGUGUGAUACAUUUUGGUCAUAUUGUCCAGCCCUAUUCUGUAAGUUAAAUAUGGAACAAAUUUGUCACUUUAACUACUCUGUUUGAAUAAAUAUUGCUG